AUGAAAAUAGCGGUGAAGAAGAGCUGCAGGAAUCUAAGCGAACUACCACAAGAGCUGCUCUACAAGAUUUUAGGGUUAUUGCCUACAAGAAAUGUUGUCUCUACUUCUCUUAUCUCCCACCAAAGGCGUUCACAGUUCCAUUGGAUGGAAAGGCUGAAAUUCAGGUAUCCACGUCUGCUUUUAGAUAAUCGUGUUCCUGAUGCUGAGAAUGAAGCAGAAAAUCUUGUUCCUGGUCCUGAGAAGGAAGCAAGGUUCGUAGGUUUUGUUAACAAUGUGAUAGCAAACCUUUCAACGAAUUUCUUUAAUACUUGCUCUAGAGAUUGAAGAAGAAGAGCAAAUCUCAGGCAAUUCUUUGUAAGACUGAACCCGUGUUUGGCUCUACAGCUUAAUUCACUGAAUUUGCUUUUUCCUACAAUUUGUCAACUGCAUCUAGAUAUAUAAUUCUGAAAGGUUGUUGUCACUAACCAUCGAGCUCCACAAAGAAGUUG